CCCCACGGCGGGUAAUGGCGGCUGGAUUGCUGUUUUGGGCUCAGGCAUCUCCCUGAGGGGAAAUCGGAAGUGGCGGGGACGGAGCUGUUAGCUGUUCCCUCCGGGGCCAUGGAGGGGAAGUCGAAGGUGGCCCCUAGCGUGGAUUUCGAUCACAGUUGUUCGGACAGUGUGGAGUAUUUGACGCUGAACUUCGGACCUUUCGAGACGGUGCACCGCUGGAGGAGGCUACCACCCUGUGAUGAGUUUGUGGGGGCCAGACGAAGCAAGCAUACUGUUGUGGCCUAUAAGGAUGCAAUCUAUGUGUUUGGAGGGGACAAUGGAAAGAACAUGUUAAAUGACCUAUUAAGAUUUGAUGUGAAGGACUGCUCUUGGUGCAGGGCUUUCACAACAGGGACUCCACCUGCGCCUAGGUACCAUCAUUCAGCCGUUGUGUAUGGAAGCAGCAUGUUUGUGUUCGGUGGCUACACUGGAGACAUUUAUUCCAACUCUAACUUGCAGAACAAGAAUGAUUUGUUUGAGUACAAGUUUGCCACAGGCCAGUGGACAGAAUGGAAAGUAGAGGGCAGAUUGCCUGUUGCAAGAUCAGCACAUGGAGCCACGGUUUAUAGUGACAAACUCUGGAUCUUUGCAGGCUAUGAUGGUAAUGCCAGGCUGAAUGACAUGUGGACCAUUGGCCUCCAGGAUAGAGAGAUGGCAUGCUGGGAUGAGAUCGAGCAGAGUGGAGAGAUCCCUCCUUCAUGCUGUAAUUUUCCUGUGGCUGUCUGCAAGGACAAGAUGUUUGUUUUCUCAGGACAGAGCGGAGCAAAGAUCACCAAUAAUCUUUUUCAAUUUGAAUUCAAGGAAAAAGUUUGGACAAGAAUUCCCACUGAACACUUACUCCGAGGUUCCCCUCCCCCACCUCAAAGGAGAUAUGGCCACACCAUGGUGGCAUUUGACCGACAUCUCUAUGUGUUUGGCGGUGCUGCAGAUAACACAUUGCCUAAUGAGCUACAUUGCUAUGAUGUUGACUCUCAGACAUGGGAGGUCAUUCAACCCAGCCCAGACAGUGAGGGGAGCAACUUAUACACAGAGGCAACGUAUGAUCCGGAUUUUAUGAUGCCCAGUGGAAGACUUUUCCAUGCUGCAGCAGUUAUUUCUGAUGCAAUGUAUAUCUUUGGUGGGACUGUGGACAACAACGUGAGGAGUGGAGAGAUGUAUCGGUUUCAGUUUUCUUGUUAUCCGAAAUGCACUUUACAUGAAGACUAUGGGAGGCUGUGGGAGAACAGGCAGUUCUGUGAUGUGGAAUUCAUCCUAGGAGAGAAAGAAGAGCGAGUUAAAGGACAUAUAGCAAUGGUUACAGCUCGAAGCAAGUGGUUAAGAAAGAAGAUUAUCCAGGCCAGAGAUCGGCUAAAGCAAGUACUUCCUGGCCAUCAGAAAGCCAAGCAGGAGACCGCAGUUGGAGAAGAAAUAGCAGGCACUAACCUGAAACCAACAAGUUCACUGCUUCAGUUGGAGGUGGUGAUCCGUGAAGCUGAGGCACAACCAUUUGAGAUCCUGAUGCAGUUUCUCUACACAGACAAAAUCAAGUACCCACGAAAGGGUCAUGUGCAGGAUGUCUUGCUAAUAAUGGAUGUUUACAAGCUUGCCUUGAGCUUUCACCUGGCUCGACUAGAACAGCUGUGCUUACAGUACAUUGAGGCCUCAGUUGACCUUCAGAAUGUACUCACUGUGUGUGAGAAUGCCAACAAAUUACAGCUGGACCAACUAAAGGAAUACUGUCUAAAUUUUGUGGUGAAAGAGUCGCACUUUAACCAAGUGAUAAUGACCAAAGAGUUUGAGCAUCUUUCCCCCUGCUUAAUUGUGGAGAUUGUGAGAAGAAAGCACCAGCCCCCGACACGGGUACAUUCCGAUCAGCCUGUUGAUAUAGGCACCUCUCUGGUCCAGGAUAUGAAGAACUAUCUGGAAGGAGCAGGCAUGGAAUUCUGUGAUAUAACUCUGCUGUUGGAUGGUCAUCCCAGGCCAGCCCACAAAGCAAUCCUAGCUGCCCGCUCUAGUUAUUUUGAAGCUAUGUUCAGAUCUUUCAUGCCUGAAGAUGGGCAGGUAAAUAUCUCCAUUGGUGAAAUGGUGCCAAGUCGACAAGCUUUCGAGUCGCUCCUUCGUUAUGUGUACUAUGGUGAAGUCAACAUGCCUCCAGAGGAUUCAUUAUAUUUGUUUUCAGCACCUUAUUACUAUGGCUUUACGAACAACAGACUGCAAGCAUAUUGUAAGCAGAACCUGGAGAUGAAUGUGACGGUAGAGAAUGUUCUGCAGAUUCUAGAAGCAGCUGAUAAGACUCAGGCUUUAGACAUGAAGAAACAUUGCCUCCACAUUAUUGUACAUCAUUUCACCAAGGUCUCCAAGUUGCCAAACCUACGAUCCCUAACUCAAGCACUGCUUCUAGACAUCAUCGAGUCAUUAGCAAAUCAUAUUUCAGACAAGCAGUGUGCAGAGCUGGGCUCAGAUAUGUGACAAUUAAUUUUAAAUGUGGAUUCUCAAAUUGUUUUAGAAACUUUGCUCUCUUGUGAUCCAGAUUUGUAGUAUUUAUUACAUAUAUUUAAAUGAAAUUAUUUUAAGUAGAAGAGUUAGGAUAUAAGGUUCAAGCUAUUUUUAAUUCAGUGUCUGAAUCAGGUCCUUGGCUGCUGAUAGUGGCUGGAAAGAUAAAGUAUCAAUGUCCCACCUUUUUGUUUGCUGGUUCAAACAUAAUAAAGGUGCAAGUAACUUUACUUCUAAAUAAAUUGACACGGACAAAUUAUCAUCUUUUGCUCGUAAGAGGACUUGCACAAUUUAGCCAUGAAAUUUAAAAAGAACAAACCUAUUUCACUUGGUCAUGUAUCUUUUUGUACUUCUAAAAUUAUAAAUGGAAUGAAUAAAACUGACAUUCCAAGGUGCAUGCAAAUGACACAGAAGUGAGUACCAGUCUUACUGGCUUACUGUCUGGUAGUUUUGAUGUCUCUCUAGUUCAUUGCUUACUAUUAUGUGAUUCUCUGAGAGUGCCCAGAGAUUCCAGGAUUGUAACUGGAGUCCUUUCAACCGAUGUUAGUCAAUGGUAUAUAUGUUAAGUAUUAGUCAAUUAACACUGUGUAAAUGAAUACAAGUGGUUUUCUUUCGUGAGAUCUGAUGUCACAAAGAUGCCACUUUGUUCUGACCAGGCAUCUCAAUUGGCAACCUUUUUGCAGAAUUUUGAAUGAGCCAUGACAUUGAUUAUCAUGACUGUUGUAAUAAUGUUUACAGGAAUUGUGAAAGACCUGUUGGUACCACAUAUGUAACAUGAUAGUUCUGACAGUAAAACAAAUCUCACAAUUUCAGUAGAUCUUACAUAUGGAAAGAUCUGAAAGCAAGGAACAUUAAUGUGGGCUAAGUUGUUGCUUCCAACCCCUCUCCUAGCAGCAAAUUGUAUUGAAUCUUUUGCCUGGCUUUUAUUACUUUGUUUUGCUAUUUGGCGUUGCAUCUUGGCCCUGAUCAGGAAAGUUACUGCAAAGCAUAUUUUUACUAUUGAAAAUGCUUAAAGUUAGAAGAAGGAGAUUUCUUUAUAGCCCCUCCAUCAGAAUUGGAACAUAACCUCUGUCAAGUGAUCCUUAAUUUUACAAAUAUGCAAACAGUUGCGCAAACAGAGCAAGUAGCUGGUGGCAGAUUUUGAAUGUGUUGCACAGUUCACAUGUUCAUGAGGCUGUACACUACAUGGUGUGUGUUUUUGCUGGUGUCUGAAGUUAACUAAAAUUCCUAGGCUUCAUUCACCAAACAACCUUAACUGUCACCCUCGGAAAAAAUAACCAGAAGUACUGCGUAUUGGUUAGUAUUUGCAUCAUGUUGCUAAUGAGUCGGAUUUACAAUUUGUCAUGAUUGAAUUAUGUAGUUGUAAGUCAGACUCUGAACUGAACAAAGGGAAGUCCAUGACUGCAAUCCUACAUGGUCACCCACAGCCAUGUCACUGAGAAGGUGAUCAUGACCUUGUGUCCUUUAAACAUUUAGAUUAAUUGCUGUAAAACUGAUCAGGUUUUUGGGGGUAGAGGAGGCGGAGGGGUGGUCGUGGAAGAUGUUAAGACUGAGGUAAAUGUAUUCCAAAGUCGAUUAAAUACAGUGAUCAAAAUUCACUUUUAUAUUUGUUAUAUAUGUUAUAAAAUGUUUAAUUGUUUAACUGUAAUGAAAUUGCAAAGAUUAAUGUGUAAUGUAACUUCCACAUAUCAUUAGUGUUACAUUAUUCUGUUUCUUGUGCCUCAUGUAGGCUCUCUUGUGUAGUUUCGCUAACACUAUAAAGUAAGCUGUCAUCCA